ACCCAAAAGAAAAGAGAAGAAGAAAAAAGACCCCUCCCUCCUACAAAAGCUUAUCCAAAAGCCACCCUUCUACUGUACUGCUUUCAGCAGAGAGAUGGCUCUCCUUUCACCUCUCCUCUCUCUCUCUCCUGCUCCUCCUAUCACUUCCAUUGCUCUUUCUUCUUCCUUCCCUAUCAGGCUCAGACAUGUGUCUGUUACAUUGCUUCCAACCGUUGGACACAGCUUACAGGCUCAUGCACCUAUAGUUGCUCAAAAGAGGGGCACUGUCGUUGCCAUGGCCUCAGCUGCAGAAGAACCAGCUGGAGAAGCUGGAGAUCAGUCGGAGAGUAAAGAAAACAUUCCGGUUCAGAGUCUUCCACUGGAGUCAAAGGUGCAGCUGAAUCUUGAACAGAAGUUGAAGAUGAAAAUUGCAAAGAAGAUCAGACUUCGAAGGAAUCGGCUUAUGCGCAAAAGAAAGAUGAGGAAGAAGGGCCGAUGGCCACCUUCAAAGAUGAAGAAGCUCAAGAAUGUAUAAGGAAAGCAUUAGCCAGGUUUUUUAACUGUUUGGCUUUCAAAAAAAUAUUUAAUCUGUUCUUUUGUAGCUUGUUUUGAAGGAGCAAUUCAUCUUGUUUUUGAACUUUGGUUACUUCACUGAGAUUACUUGUGUAUUUGUAAUAGAAGAGAAACUUUGUCCUGUAGAUCCCAGAGUUGAUGAAAAACAUAGAUAUGCACAUCUUUUCCAUUUCAACAGAAUGUAUAUGCUUGAACAUUGUAAUUGAUUACCUUCUGUUUGUGACAAUCUAUCAAGGGCAAUGUAAAAAAAAAUUCUUGACUUA